AUUCUAAAAAAUUUCUUCAACGAUGAGAUUGUGCCUCCUUGUGCUCGGUUGCGUGAUAGCAGCCAGCGCCUGGCCCGUUGACCAACUUUCGGUUCGUGAUCAUGGCGUCAAUGGAUGGUUCGUCCCCCAAAGGGAGGGUGGCCUGAGAUGGAUUAGCAAAGCGCAGGGCGAACUCCAAUUGGAAUACUACGAAGCUCAGGAUGCGUUGGGAGGCCGUUGGUCCACCAACACGGUGAAUUUCUAUCUCUACACCCUGCAGAAUCCCAGCACUGGACAGCAGAUCAAGGGCACCAAGGCUUCGAUUGAUGCCUCCUACUUUAAUCCCGAAAAUCCAACAAGAAUUACGAUUCACGGCUGGAACUCCAACUACAAGGAUGGUGUGAACACCAGGAUAGCUGAUGCCUGGUUCCAGUACGGUGACUACAACAUGAUUGCUGUGGACUGGCAACGUGGUCGUUCCCUGGAGUACGCCACCUCGGUGGCCGGAGCUCCCGGAGCUGGAAAGAAAGUUGCCGCCCUUGUGGAUUUCCUGGUGGAGACUUACGGCAUGCGACUGGACACUCUGGAAGUGGUUGGCUUCAGUUUGGGUGCCCAUGUGGCUGGACACACUGCCAAACAGGUGACCACCGGAAAGGUGGGCAAGGUAGUGGGUUUGGAUCCCGCCUCUCCCCUUCUUAGCUACUCGAAAACCGAAAAGCGUCUGUCCAGCGAUGAUGCCGUUUAUGUGGAGUCCAUCCAGACCAAUGGUGCCAUCUUGGGUUUCUCCCAACCAAUUGGCAAGGCAGCCUUCUACAUGAACGGUGGAAGGUCCCAGCCCGGUUGCGGAAUCGAUUUAACCGGCAGUUGCUCGCACACCAAAGCUGUUAUGUACUACGUGGAGGCGCUGCUGUAUAACAACUUCCCUUCGAAGAGGUGCGAAUCCUACAAGGACGCCAACAAGAACACCUGUGGCGAUCAAUACUGUUCUAUCUCAAUGGGUGCUAUUAUAAACACCUUUGUGGCCGAGGGUAUCUUCUAUGUUCCAGUAAACAAAGAAUCCCCGUACGGUUUUGGACAGCAGAACAGUGGUGGCGAAGGAACAACAGCUCUACCCGAGACCUCCACUACUACCGAGAAACCCGAAGAACCCACUCGUACAACCGGGGAACCAGAGGAAACCACUGUAGCCCCUGAGGAGUCUACAACCGAUGAACCCGAGGAGGACUCUACAACUACCCAAAAACCUGAAGAGCCGUCGUCUACAACUGAGGAACCAGAGGACACGACUGCUGAUCCAGUGAAGCCGACAACCGACGAACCCGUCUCUACGACAACCAACAAACCCGCAGAGCCGUCUUCUACCACCCAGGAACCAGAAGAGACGACUGUCGCUCCAGAGGAUUCGACCACCGAGGAACCAGAAGAGACUUCUGUUGCUCCCGAGUUGUCGACAACCGAAGAACCAGAAGAGACGACUGUUGCACCAGAGGAAACUACAACCGACGAACCCGAGGAGAUCUCUACAACUACCAAUAAACCUGAAGAGCCUUCUUCUACCACCCAGGAACCAGCAGAGACGACUGUCGCUCCAGAAGAUUCAACAACCGAGGAACCAGAAGAGACGACUGUAGCCCCAGUGGAUUCGACGACCGAAGAACCAGAAGAGACUACUGUUGCUCCUGAGGAAACGACAACCGAAGAACCAGAGGAGGUCACUACGACAACCAAUAAACCCGAAGAGCCAUCUACUACUACCCAGGAACCAGAAGAGACUUCUGUUGCUCCCGAGGAGUCGACAACCGAAGAACCAGAAGAGACGACUUCGACAACCGAAGCGCCCGUGGAAGUCCCUACAACAACCAAAAAACCCGAGGAGGCGUCUACGACAACCGUAGCACCAGAAGAAUCGACUACCGUUGAUCCAGAAGAUAUUGUAUCAACUACAGAAGAACCUGAGGAGGUAACCACAACUGUCGCUCCACUGGUUCCUACAACAACCGCUAGACCUACGGAGUCCACAACCCCGGUUCCGGAAAUUCCACCAACAAGCCCGCCCAAUGAUGAUAAUGUGGCUCCUCCAGGCACCAAGAACAUCUUCAUCUUCAACGUCUUUUUGGUGAAUGUUAAAAUCGAGAAAUAGGUCAAUAACCUAACUACUGUAGUAGAUUUCCCGCUCACUGGCGGAAGAAAAUAAUAGCAAUAAAAUCAUAACCAGCUUAAUAGCAAA